AUGUCGAAACAAAGUACCAAGGCUAUUGCCUUCAAGGACACGAUUCCUGAGAGCGAAGAGGAGAGGUUUAAGCAAAAGUGUAAGGAUUUGAAGCGAAGAAUAAGUGAAAUUGAACAGAGUAAUGAAAUAGCAUCGCUUGCAAUUUAUAGAACCAAAUCGAAUAUUCGUCGUUUAAGGCUUGAACAUGCGAUUUUGAUUGAAAGAUUGGAGCAACGAGCAUUGGAAUUCCCUGAAGAUGAUGAGGAGUUGCUGUUAAUGAAUGAAGAUAUACCUGUUCCUCCUACACCCACGUUAUUGACCGAUUCAUUGACUACACAAGUGCCUAAGUUGAGCAGAAAUGGAGUUACCAAGGGGUCAGUUAAGAAGGGGAUGAAGGGAGUUAAAUUGAAGGAUAGUGAAGGGUAUUAUGGGGUUACAACAUUCACAGUUAAAACACCUAAAGUUAGAGAUCCUGAUUUACCCAAAAAACCCACCAAUGUUUAUUUGCUCUUUUGCGAUCUGGAUAGGGAGAGGAUUAGAGCCAAGUUGGAGGAAAAGGGUCCAGUUAAUAAAGGUGAUUUGGGUAGAGCAUUACUUGAUGAAUGGGGAACACUAUCUAUGGAAGAUAAGGCUCCCUUUUAUAAGUUGUAUGAAAAGGAUAGACUUAGAUACAAUGCAGAAAUGGAAGCUUAUAAUAAAAAGAAGAAUAUUGUACCUGAAGAUCCUCCAACAAAGAAGGUCAAGCGUAAGAUGAAACCAAAGGCUGAUGAACCUCCAGUUAAAAUUGAACAAGAAUCUGAAGUUGACCAUGAGACUGAACAUGACCAUGAAAUUGAGCACGACCAUGAAAUUGACCACAAACCAGUGGAAACUUCCAUUGAUAAAAACGAGCAAGAUGCUGCAGAGCCAGAUCAUGUUAAACAAGAACAAGAUGUCGAAGAUCACGAACAUGAAUCAACUGAGAUUUUUAACAAUGAAGCAACAGGGGCUGGUACUACAGAUCAAUAA